AUGUCAAGUGCAGAAGAAUAUAAAACGCAGGGUAACGAUUCAUUUCGUGCUAAGGAUUUCGAUAAGGCCAUUGAACUCUUUACAAAGGCCAUUGAAGCCUCAGAGACACCGAAUCAUGUUCUCUACUCUAACAGAUCGGCCUGUUACGCAUCCUUACACAGGUAUGAUAAGGCCUUGAAAGAUGCAGAGGAAUGUGUUAAGAUUAACUCGACUUGGGCUAAAGGUUACAAUCGUGUAGCAGCAGCCCAAUUUGGAAAGGGGGAUCUCAAGGAUGCACAGAGAUCGUACGAGAAGGCAUUAGAGUUGGAUCCAGCCAAUCAAAUGGCCAAGUCCGGGUUACAGGACAUUGCAUCAGAAGCCAGCCAGUCAAUUCCCGGCCCAGAUAUGGGAUUGGGUAAGAUAUUCAGCAAUCCUGAAUUGAUUGAGAACUUGAAGAAGAAUCCAAAGACGGCAGAUUAUAUGAAGGAUCCAGAACUCGUUGAAAAGGUGAAGAGAUUACAGAAGAAUCCAAGUUCCGUUUCACAGGACCUAUUUUCUGACCCAAGGUUGAUGACCAUCGUGGCUGCAAUUUUGGGUGUUGAUUUGAAGAUGGGCGCAGGAGGCGAGGGAGGCGAGGGAGGCGAGGGAGGCGAGGGAGGCGAGGGAGAGGCCGAGGGAGAAGCCGAGGCAGAGACAGGCAGCAAAGCUGAGAUUCAGACUGAGGCCGAGGCCGAGAUACCAUCCCAGGAGACAGCCGAAACAAUACCAGUCCCCUCAGAGAAGCAACAGGCUGAUAAUUUCAAGGCCGAAGGUAACGAUUUCUACAAAGCCCGCAAAUUUGAUGAUGCUAUUGAGAAAUACAACAAAGCAUGGGAGACUUAUCAAGAUGUGACAUAUCUCAACAACAGGGCAGCAGCAGAGUUUGAGAAGGGAGACUAUGAUGGAGCAAUCAGCACUUGUCAAAAGGCCGUGGAAGAAGGUCGUUCGAAGCAUGCUGAUUAUACGGUGAUUUCCAAGUCGUUUGCACGUAUCGGUUCCUGCUAUGUUAAGAAAGAUGACCUCAAAAAGGCUGUUGAAUUCUUUGAGAAGUCUCUUACGGAGCACAGAACAGGACCUACACUUACAAAGCUGCGUGCAGCACAGCGCGAGUUGAAGAAGAGAGAAUCGGAAGCUUAUAUGGAUAAAGAUAAGGCAGAAGAAGCUCGCGAGAGAGGUAAUGCCAACUUCAAGAAAGGUGAUUGGCCCGCUGCAGUGAAAGAGUACACUGAGAUGGUGAAAAGAGAUCCUUCUGAUCCUAGAGGAUACUCCAACAGAGCAGCAGCUUUGUCUAAGUUGAUGUCAUUCCCAGAUGCCAUCAGAGAUUCUGAGGAGGCAAUUAAGAGAGAUCCUAACUUUAUUCGUGCUUACAUUAGAAAGGCUAACGCAGAGAUGGCAAUGAAGAAGUACAAGAGUGCCGAUGAUACUCUUCAGAAGGCUAGGGAAGUGGAACAGAAGAAUGGACAAUUGAAUAGUCCUCAGAUGAUGGAGAUUCAGCAGCUUCUAGAGAAAGCAUUGACCCAGAGAUUUGCUCCAAUGGAGGGAGAAACUUACGAGCAGACUAUGAAGAGAGUCCAACAAGAUCCAGAGGUUGUGGAAAUUAUGUCUGAUCCCGUGAUGCAGACCAUCUUACAGCAGGCCCAGAACAAUCCGGCCGCCUUGCAGGAGCACAUGAAGAACCCUGAGGUUUACAGAAAGGUGAUGAUCUUGAUGUCUGCUGGAAUCAUCAGAACGAGGUAG